UGGUGGCGCUGCAGGAUAAGAUGGGGACUUUUUCGUACCAUCCAAUGCUCUGGUCUCCAUUAAUCAGUGUAACUGAGAGCACAGGAGAAGCAGGAAGGGGAAAAGAGGCUUUCAAGAGAAAGCUAGGGAGCCAACAACACCCCGUAAUCCGUGACAGGAUUGCAAGACUAAAGAUUCCCAGUGGUCCAGCCUAAUAGAUGAGAGGCGCAAUUUAGGAGCUGUUUGGCUACUGAGUUGAAACAUUUCUGCAGAAACACAUUUGGCUAAGGAACCAUGGAACCAGGAGAGAGGCACCCUCGGCAGAUAAGGCAAGUGCUGCUUUUCUUUGUUUUCCUGGGAGGGUCUUUGGUGUGUUCAGAGCCCUGGCACUAUUCUGUGGCAGAGGAAAUGGAGAUCGGCUCCGUUAUAGCCAAUGUGGUGAAAGAAAUAGGUUUGGCUGUGGAAGACUUGGUUGCACGGGGGGCUAGAGUCAUCUUUGACGACUAUAAACCGUAUUUACAGUUGGAUCCACAGACUGGCAACUUGCUCUUAAAUGAGGAACUGGACCGGGAGGCACUUUGCCAUUUCACAGAGCCAUGUAUAUUGCAUUUCCAGGUAUUAUUUGAAAAUCCUUUACAAUUUUUUCAGGCUGAACUUUGGGUUAAAGACAUAAAUGAUCAUACCCCUGCUUUCCUAGACAAGCAAAUAAUUCUGAAAAUCUCAGAAGCUACUGCUCCAGGAACCUCAUUCCAAAUGGACAGUGCUCAGGACUUGGAUGUAGGAAAGAAUGGUGUCCAAAACUACACAUUAAGUCCCAAUCCUUAUUUCCACCUUGAAUUACAAGACAGUGAUGAUGGCAGAAAAUUCCCAGAGCUGUUACUGGACCAAUCUCUGGAUCGGGAAAAGGAGCCCGAGUUUAGAUUAACGCUAACAGCCUUAGAUGGUGGAUCUCCGCCCAGGUCUGGAACUACACUGGUUCGUGUUUUGGUUUUAGAUAUCAAUGACAAUGCUCCAGAGUUCGAAAGGCCUGUCUAUGAGGUUCAGGUACUAGAAAACAGCCCUGUGGACUCCUUGGUCGUCAGGGUGUCUGCUACAGAUUUGGAUGCGGGAAUAUAUGGACAAUUAUCCUACUCAUUUUCUCACGUCUCCACAGACAUUCGGAAAACAUUUGAAAUCCAUCCAGUUUCUGGUGAAAUCUAUUUAAAAGCGCUUCUGGAUUUCGAGUUAAUUCAGUCAUAUACAAUAAAUAUCCAGGCCAUUGAUGGGGGUAGCCUUUCCGGAAAAUCAGCAAUUUUAGUUCGGGUUGUGGAUGUGAACGACAACGCACCAGAAAUAGUCAUGACAUCUCUGACUAGCCCCAUACCUGAAAAUUCGUCACCUGAAAUGGUGGUCGCUGUUUUUAGUGUACGAGACCUAGAUGCUGGGGACAACGGGAGGAUGGUGUGCUCCAUUCAGGAUGACCUUCCUUUUUUCUUGAAGCCUACUUUUAAGAAUUUCUACACCCUGGUAACAGAGAGCCCCCUCGAUAGAGAGAGCCAGGCCGAGUACAACAUCACCAUCACCGUCACCGACCUGGGGACCCCCAGGCUGAAAACCCAGCACAACCUCACGGUGACCGUGUCCGACGUCAACGACAACGCCCCGACCUUCAGCCAGACGACCUACACCCUGCGCGUCCGCGAGAACAACAGCCCCGCCCUGCACAUCGGCAGCGUGAGCGCCACCGACAGAGACUCGGGCGCCAACGCCCAGGUCACCUACUCGCUGCUGCCGCCCCACGACCCGCAGCUGCCGCUGGGCUCGCUGGUGUCCAUCAACGCGGACAACGGGCAGCUGUUCGCGCUCAGGUCGCUGGAUUUCGAGGCGCUGCAGGCGUUCGAGUUCCGCGUGGGCGCGGCCGACCGCGGCUCGCCGGCGCUCAGCAGCCAGGCGCUGGUGCGCGUGCUGGUGGCGGACGCCAACGACAACGCGCCGUUCGUGCUGUACCCGCUGCAGAACGGCUCGGCGCCCUGCACCGAGCUGGUGCCGCGGGCGGCCGAGGCGGGCUACCUGGUGGCCAAGGUGGUGGCGGUGGACGGCGACUCGGGCCAGAACGCCUGGCUGUCGUACCAGCUGCUCAAGGCCACGGAGCCCGGGCUGUUCGGCGUGUGGGCGCACAACGGCGAGGUGCGCACGGCGCGGCCGCUGAGCGAGCGCGACGCCGUCAAGCACAGGCUGCUGGUGCUGGUCCGGGACCACGGCGAGCCGCCGCUGUCGGCCAGCGUCACGCUGCACGUGCUGCUGGUGGACGGCUUCUCGCAGCCCUACCUGCCGCUGCCGGACGCGGCGGCGGCCGAGGCCCGCGCCGACCCGCUCACCGUCUACCUGGUGGUGGCCUUGGCGUCCGUGUCGUCGCUCUUCCUGUUCUCGGUGCUGGUGUUCGUGGCGGUGCGGCUGUGCAGGAGGAGGCGGGCGGCGUCGGGGGGCGGCUGCUCGGUGCCCGAGGGUCCGUUUCCGGGCCACCUGGUGGACGUCAGCGGCGCGGGGACCCUGUCCCACAGCUACCAGUAUGACGUGUGUCUGACGGGAGGAUCUGGGACCACUGAGUUCAAGUUCCUUAAACCAGCUCUCCCCAACCUCCCUCCCCCGGAUCUUAGAACGGACGAAAGCCACACUUUCCUGAAAGGUUUUGAGUUCAUUUAGGAAUUUGAUUAUUGUGCAGAACUUUUAUAAUGAGUGCUAUUUCUUUGUAAAAUGUAUUCAUUGUAAUGUAAAAUUCUUUGUUUUGGGUAACUUCAUUUUACUUAAGAGUUUUCAGACGUUUUAGUGAUUUGUCUGUUUUCUGCUCUUUUUCAUCUUAAUUGUCGAAAAUACUAAGGAAGCUAGUAUUUACUUGGUCUUCCAAAAUGCAACCUCAAAAAUUUAUUCAAAUAUAUAGCAUUUCCCCUUCAAGAUUAAUGUAACUCUGGGCUCAGCCAUAUUCUUUGGCUGUUCUGAGCUCUAGAUCCUCUCACUGAAAUCUGUGUUUGAUAGAGGAAAACGCAUGGUAUAAAUAAAAACCAUCCAUGGCUUCUAAGAUGUUUAGUUUUUUUUAAAAAAGCAUAAUCUUUCCGUUCUACCUUUCUGCCAAAUAUUUCAGAGUAAUUUUUCUGCACUUAGGUAUUUUUCUUUGUAAACAUCUUGAGUUUAUAGAUGUUAUAUUAAAAUAGAUGUUAUAUUAAAAUAAAUUUUAGAUGUAGAUGUUACAGAUGUUAUAUUAAAAUAAAUUUUAAUCUGGUAGAUGUUAUAUUAAAAUAAAUUUUAAUCUUGUUUGGAUUAAGAUAUCUAUCCAGACCACUCUUCUUGUCUGAGAACUUCCUGGGACUUCCGGAGGGAGUCAUAACUAAUGAGCUGUUUGUUAUACUUUUUUUUACCUCUCUUGGUCAUUUUUUAUUGGUCCAGUUACAGUCUCCUAAUUAAAGUAGGAACAGUCACAUUCUCCAAGUCCCUGAGUUUGUAAUUAUGAUGUAUUUCAUCUAUUGUUUUUCUUGAUUUCUAGUAACUAGGAAAUAUUAAGUAUGGGCUGAGGUAGUAUACUUGCAUAGGUUGGCAGAACAGAAUGGCAUGUAGAGAGGGAGGAAGGAAAGGAGGAUUGGAAGGAAAGUGAGAAGGAAUAAGGGAGUGGUAGAAGCAGAAGCCCAAGAAACAGAAGAGACUAAGAAUUGCUUGGUUUUAGACUCGUCAGUUCCUGAUUUCAGUGUUCCUAAGUCCCCUUUGUCUAAUUUUCCUUGUGCUCUACAGUAAAACUCUAGUUACCUAAUAAUAAAACUCCCUUUAUUUAACCUAUCUUGGGGAGAGUGGAUUUCUUGAAACCAAAAGAGAAAGAAAAGAUACAUGCUAUCUUGAGUACUCAAUUAGACUUCUUACCAUAAAACCUAGGUCUUUUGCUUUUAAUUUAAUUUUAUUUUGCUUUUAAAUUAAUGUAAUAAAUGGAAUAAAAAUGUACAAGCUCAGAGAGAACUAAUCUAUACUAGAAAAUUUUGUUAUGAAACUUAAUUUUAUAAAUUAUUUAUAAGCUCUUUCAACAGAAAGAUGCUACAAAAGAUUUUAUGGAAUGGAAUAUUUUGUUAUCAGGUUUCCAUCCAUUUAUUUUAUGUUCUCCAGGAUUAGUUU